AUUGUUGACAUCGCCAGGAUGAGAGAGCCCGUGGUGUGGCAAGGGAUGGGAGGCGAUGUGAAAGGGUGUGAGAGUACGGACCCAGCCCAUCGGCAUCCAGCGCUCCUUGGCGUCAGGCUUACGCCUCGCCUCUUCUGGAUCGGGACGCCGUCUUGGAGAGGGCGGCAUGCCUGUAGUGUACUGUACGGACACCACCGCGUUGGGUCUGUCAUUCCGGUCAUUCCGGCGCCGAAGAGACGAGUACGAGCGCUUGGUCGGAAUCCCAGUGGACAGACGAUUGGCAUGGCAUCUUUGGGAGUGUGGAUAGACAUCAUCUGCCACUAUGAAUGGACAUCCUCUACAGUACUGUAAGACUGUGGAUGGGCAAUACUUCAGCGCCGCGGACAUGUUGGAACAGACGUACGUAUGCGCGCUGGGCUAACACACCACCACUCCGACUCCCCUGCGGCUGGGUCUAUUGGUGGAGCAACCGAUGAGUUGGACGUUUUUGUUUUCAGGUCGCCUCCACCUGCAACAAACAAAACAUAAUAUAAGAAUAUAAGAGAGAAAAAAAGAUUUGCCUCCGGGACGAAUGCCGGAGGAUGACAGGGACACUGAGUAUUAGGUCUGAUCCUGUACAGCUGGCCAGGUACGCUGUUGACUGCGAAAUCUGCUGUCUUGAGUCUGUUGGUUGGAGCCCUGUGUCUGGAGUCUGUGGUCUGUGAGGUUGUGGUUAGCAAGAUCUGCCUUCUAUAGGGCUUGCGGUCUCAAUAUCUUGGCAAACUGUGAAUCAGCAGAGACUCUGGUCCGUGAGGCUUCAUGACUCAAUAUCUAUAGCCUGGGAAGACUGGAGUAUGGUAUAUGAGUCUCCGAUCUAUGAGGCCUCCCCAAUCUGCAGGUCUGUUGCCUCCAAGGUCCCCAGUCUGUAAUCUCCAGUCCGUAAGAUCCAUCAUUCGCAUAGUAUAUACUCACGUGAUAUAAACCCCAAUAAAAGCGUGAUCACGUGUUGCACGUGCCACUGGAAGAUUUUAAUUUCUUUUCCAAAAAUCAUCACCGCUCUUAUCGCCAAUCAUAAGCGAACCAGGCUUCACUCCUCCAACAUCCAAUCCGAGGUACUUCACACGCCAUUUUACAAUACAAAGGUACUUCCCUCCUCUCUAAAGCCACCGGCGACAGGGCCACUGCUGGACCAGAAAGGCGGACCGCCGAAGGCGACCAUCUCCGACCACGCCUGGAGAAACAACCACCGCCUAUGGCGAUAACCGCUACAUCCACCAACCCUCCACUCCACAACCCACUUACCCACAUACCACUUUCGCCUUGACGACGUCCACGACCACCAACGACUGCCAACGACUGCCAACGACUGUCGACGACUGUCAACGCCACUUCGGAUUCUCUAUAUAUUCACUCUGUCGACAACGCCAUACGCCGCCCAAGUCGCCGGCGGUAACUCUCGCGUCUGUGACCAUAAGGGAAUGAGAUGAGCCGUCUCUACAAUGACAGAAAGCCAACGCAGCCACAAUAAGCGAACCUUCGGCGAAAUGUCGAGCUCAAUAUCCAUGGCCAGACGCCCCUCGGCCGACCCUUCGCCGUCCUUGCCCGGCUCGACCUUCACCUUCCCUACCCCUCCGCCACCACAGACACAAACAUACUCCCCAGGCCAGCGCCGCACGCCGCAUCCGCACAACCCUCCACGCUCCUCGCCCUUCAGCGUCAUGCUCGACCCACGGCAUCCCCCAUCUCGCCCAAGCCUUGACCGCCAACCCACCGUCAUCGAUCUGACAGACGACCACCAUGAGCGCGCGCCCUCACAGUCGCGGCGCUCGUCACAGCGCGCUGCCCUGCCCCCCCAGCUGGAGCGGUCGGAUUACACGACCCUUGGGGGCGUCAUCAGCAUCGAAUCCGACGACGAUGACGAGGUCGAGAUCGUAUCCUCGCGAGCCCUUCCAUCACGACAACCGUCGGCCCCUCCUUCACGACUGCGGCUCCCCCGCCCACCUCGAUCACCACGCCACCACGCCGGCCAUCCGUGGCCCCAUCUCCCCAGCAUGCUCCCGCCGAUUGACGCCCCAGAAUCGAUCCUGGACAAUCCUAGCCUCCUUUUCGGCGGGCUCGCGGACAUGUUCCCAGGCAGUUGGCGCAGUCUUCAGGGAAACAUGGAGCGGUACGUGUUGGGACGACAAUCCGAAAUAGGGCCCAUCCCGGUGCAUAUGCGUGGUGCUUCGAUGAGGUUCCGCACGUUUCCGCUCCAUGAGCAUGUGAGACAGGAGCCGAGGAAGGCAGAGCAUGUGCCGCCGCCGCCGGUGGGUGAAGGAUUCACGCGCUCGCCAAAGGAGGAUGACGUGAUUGUUUGUCCGGCGUGCGACGAGGAGUUGGUGGUUGGACCUGAGGAGCCGGCUGCGGUGACGACGCCUACAUCGGCGGGGAAGACGGCGGCAAAGGCAAAGGCUAGGAGUAGGAAGGAUAGGGAGGAGCAUCCGUUUUGGGUGGUGAGGGAAUGUGGUCAUGUCUACUGCAACAAAUGCUACCAGAGCCGCAAGCCGGACGCGAAGUCGACGAGCAAGAACUUAUUCCCCGAGGUGCAGAGUGGUGCGAGGAAGGUCCCACUGUGUGCGGUCGAUGACUGCACGAGCGAGAUUGGGGAUAAGAAGUUCUGGGUUGGAGUGUUUAUGUGACGAGUUUACUUUGCCGCGGAAAAAUGGGUUGGUUUUAUGACGACUCACCGAUUUUUCGGCGCGGAUUGUGUGGAGUAUUCGAGAGGCAGCAUACAGACAGAAGCGGGUGGGUCACCAUCUCCACUGCGUUCCCAUUCAACACUUUACAGAUUUCCAAUCGAUGAUUUCGAUCCCUGUGUUUGGGAUGGGAACGGCAGUGGGAAUGGAACAGGAAGGGGUGGGAAAGGAGUCAACAUCGGAUUAUCGACUAUCGGCUUCGAUAAAACAUGCAUUGCAUACAGCGCGGCGUACACUUUUGCACAUUAGUUACUCUUCUCGGUGUUAUUGGCUGAGUUUUUGUUAUUUUACGGUAUGCUGGGGUGGGAAGGGGGGCGGCUAAUUUUUGGGAAAGGAGUGCUUGCUUGGGCA